AUGACUACGCAAGAAGUGAUCACCGUUGAGUGGCCGCAGCUGCCCCAGCGUUCAGUAUGGCGCGACAUAGCAGCAUCGACGCUUCCUUCCAAGGAAACGAAUCCUGAUACCCUAUCAACUAACGCUCCUCGUCUCUCAGAGACACCCGCUGGUGAGCAGAGAGGAGGCUGGGAAUAUUUAGACCACACAGCCGAUGUUCAGAUUCAUUCAUGGGGCGCAAAUCUUGAGGAGGCCUUCGGCGCUGCCGUGGUUGGCAUGUUUGGCUACAUGGUGGAAUUGCCCGAAAUCAAAGACGAUCUUCAGAUGGAUGUCGUUGUCAGCGGACACAACAAAGAAACGCUCUUGUUUAAUUUCAUGCAAGAAUGUCUCUAUAUUUUUCUUACCGAAAGCUACGUCAUGAAAGAGAUCAUUGUCAAUGAAAUUGAAGAAGCUAACGGCUCAGCCGUAAACUUCGACACCGACAAGUUCAAGCUUACUGCGGUGGCGAGAGGCGGAUUAUUCGAUGCUACAAAGCAUUCUCAAGGCACAGAGGUCAAAGCUGUCACUUACUCAAACCUCCAAGUCGUCGACAAAGAAGAAGGUCGUGUGGAGACUUAUGUCAUAGUUGAUAUUUAGUAACGGGUUAGCCAGGGUGUGAGUAUUAUGAAGAGAAGUUACAUGAAGCCAAAACAAGAACAACAAGAUUGUCGCGGGUUAUGCGUUCAAAGACUAUGGUCUAUGUAUUUCUGCUGGAAAACACCAUCCUUCCUCGACUUGCAAUAAUCUGCCGAUAGAUAUUCCAAACAAAGCCGUACGCAAGUGUCUGCACGUGGAACAGAAGUACCUGGAAUCAAGUUGAGUGCGCUAGUCU